UCCCCUCCCGUCAGCAGCAGCAGUCCCCUCGCAGUUUGAGUGUUGUGUGAUGUACUGUGUCCAUCCUGUGUGUUACAACGAGCAACGACGCUUUUUUUUAAUUUUCAUGUUUUUAACGUUUUCACUCGGUGUGAUAUUCAAGGUAAAUAUCAGGUGUGGAUAGUUUCGCUCGUGUGCGGGGAAGCAACACGGCUUGAACAAGACUGACAGGCGGCUUUUGUGGCAUGUGAUACAGGCAGAGACUGACUGAGGCGUGUUCAUGUUUCACGGAUGUUACUAGAGAAGAAGAAGUGGUGGAAAAGGCUUUACACUUUGCCCUGCCAUCUCCUGUUUUGUGUGGAUGUGACUAUCAACGGUCCGAUUCAGCUCCACACGACGGAGGCGGAUUUUUUCCCUUUUUUUUUUUUUACGGAGCUCUCUUGCUAGCUGUUGAAUGGCAAGCAUCCAGAGAAGAGGAACAAUGACUCCGCAGCUCAACACUUCUGUUCCGCUGCUGUUUUUCUGAGGACUUUUAAUUGUGUGUUUUUUUAAAUGCACAGACAGUGUAUGGUCUUCACUGCGUUGACUGUUGGGCAAACGUUGAGCACAAACGGACAGGGAGGAUCAAUUCAGGCGCGGUCAGGCAAGCCAACAAUGCGGAUUACCUCGUUUGCCAUUGUGUCAAUACACUGAGCAAAGUUGAGAUAACACUCAACUGAACGGGCGCCGGUCCUAGUCACAAUAUCUCUUCAUUUUAUUAUCCGGGAGAGGGGACAGUGCAUUCAAGUGAGGGACAAAUCCCUCAUGUGUCGAGGCUGUCUGUGAACCCGCACUCACUCACAGCAGAGCAGCAGGAGCAGCGAUGGCGAACGACUCCAUGCAAAGUGACCCAGGCGGGCUGUCGGUUCUGGAGCAGCUCGGUCUGGACCACAACUCGGAUUUCUCAGAUUCCAGUGUGCAGCAGCGCCUGGAAGAGCAGCGUGAAAGGAUCCGCCGAGAAAUCCGGAAGGAGCUAAAGAUUAAGGAGGGAGCUGAGAACCUGCGCAGGGCCACCACCGACAAGAGGAACGCACAGCAGGUGGACAGUCAGCUGCGGAGCUCCAAUCGCCGGCUGGACAACCUGCAUGCUCAGCUGCAGGAGCUGGACGCACACAUUGUAGUGAAGGGAGGCGAUGAGAUUAAAGAUGAGUGUCCUCAGUCUCCAGGGGCAGAGAACCGCACAUCAGCCCACAAGGAACGCAUCGCCGCCUUGGAGAGACAGCUCAACAUCGAGCUUAAAGUCAAACAGGGAGCUGAGAACAUGAUCCCCAUCUAUGCCAAUGGAUCUACAAAGGAUAAGAAGCUGCUGCAGACGGCCCAGCAGAUGCUGCAGGACAGUAAGACCAAGAUUGAUAUCAUCCGUAUGCAAAUCCGCAAGGCUGUGCAGGCCACCGAGCACAAUGAUGACACACAAGGUAACCAGGACCUGUGUGGAGUGGAGCUGCGUAUUGAGGAGCUGAGGCAUCACUACAGGGUGGAGCACGCUGUGGCCGAGGGAGCCAAGAAUGUCCUCCGAUUGCUGGGGGCCAGCAAGGUGCAGGACAAGAAGGCCCUUUCUGAGGCCCAGUCCCGUCUGAGUGAGGCGUCUCAGCGGUUGGACCUGCUGAGGGACUCUCUGGACCAGCGCCUAGCAGAGCUGCCGGAGGACCAUCCCAAGGCCAGCGUCAUCAAAGAGGAGCUGGUCCUGGCCUCCUCGCCUGCCUUCAGCUCCCGUCAUGGCGCACCCUACCUCCACAACCAGUACAGCACCCUGAGCAAGCCCUCCCCUCUCACCGGUACCUUACAGGUGCAGCUGCUGGGCUGUGUGGGGCUGCUGGAGGUCGUCCCAGGUCGCAGCAAAGGCACAGCCGUCAUGCUGCCCUGCUACAGCCCUGGAGACACCAGGUCCUUCAUGAGGGGCAGCAAGGGACUGUACGGACGCAGCGGCUCUGUCAGCGGGAAGACGCCCAGCAAGACAGACGAGCUCUCCUUGGAGGUGAGUGCGGUGCUGAAAUUAGAUAACACCGUGGUGGGACAGACAGCUUGGAGGACUGUGGGAGAACAGGCGUGGGACCAGACCUUCACCGUGGAACUGGAGAGGUCGAGGGAGAUGGAGAUUGCAGUGUACUGGAAGGACUACCGCUCACUGUGUGCUCUGAAAUACCUGAAGCUAGAAGAUUACCUGGACAAUCAGAAACACCGAGUUCAGCUGGAGCUAGAGCCACAGGGGCUGCUGCUUGCUGAGGUGACCUUCUUCAACCCGGUCAUUGAGAGAGUACCUCGCCUCCAGAGGCAAAAGAAAGUAUUUUCCAAGCAACAAGGCAAGGCGUUCCUGCGGGCUCGUCAGAUGAACGUGGACAUCGGGACGUGGGUGAGGCUUCUUAGGAACGCCAUUCCCACCGUCAACAACACAGGAACCUACAGUCCCAACGCGCACAACCUAUCACUCAACACAGGGGAGAUCUCAGUGGAGAAGCUCAGUCUGGACAGCGACUCUCCGAUUAGGGGCGAUUACAAAAGAGACACGGAUAUACACACUCCGGAGCGUUUGCCAGUCAUCGAGCCCUUCUCCCCCCCUGACCUCACCCCCGAGUGCCCCGUCCGAACCCCCUCUGUUAGCAGUAAGCAGAAAAAAGAUCCUUUGUGCCUCCAGGACUUCAGGCUGAUCGCUGUGCUAGGCAGGGGACACUUUGGCAAGGUGUUGUUGUCAGAGUACAAGAAGACAGGCACAAUGUACGCCAUCAAAGCCCUGAAGAAAGGAGAUAUCAUCGCUCGGGAUGAGGUGGAAAGUCUGAUGUGCGAGAAGCGCAUCUUUGAGACAGUGAACACGUCACGCCAUCCAUUCCUGGUCAACCUGUUUGCAUGUUUCCAGACGCCAGAGCAUGUGUGUUUUGUCAUGGAGUACACAGCAGGAGGCGACCUGAUGAUGCACAUCCACACAGAUGUCUUCACCGAGCCACGAGCCGUGUUCUAUUCGGCCUGUGUGGUUCUUGGACUUCAGUUCCUCCAUGACCAUAAGAUUGUGUACCGAGACCUUAAGCUCGACAACCUGCUGCUGGACACAGACGGUUAUGUCAAGAUAGCUGACUUUGGACUGUGUAAAGAAGGGAUGGGUUAUGGAGACCGUACCAGCACUUUCUGUGGGACCCCAGAGUUUCUGGCCCCUGAGGUCCUAACAGACACAUCGUACACCAGGGCAGUGGACUGGUGGGGACUGGGGGUCCUCAUCUAUGAAAUGCUGGUGGGAGAGUCUCCUUUCCCAGGCGAUGAUGAGGAGGAGGUGUUCGACAGCAUUGUGAAUGAUGAGGUCCGCUACCCACGGUUCCUCUCCACUGAGGCUAUUGGCAUCAUGAGGAGGCUGUUAAGGAGAAAUCCAGAGCGAAGAUUGGGCUCUGGUGAGAAGGAUGCAGAGGAGGUGAAGAAACAGCCAUUUUUCAGGGCUGUGGACUGGGAGGCGUUGCUGCAGAGGAAGUUGCCCCCUCCCUUCGUUCCCACCAUUGGCGACAAGGAGGACGUCAGCAAUUUUGACGAUGAGUUCACCACUGAACCCCCGACCCUCACGCCUCCCCGCGAGCCCCGCACGCUCUCCCGCAAAGACCAGGACAGCUUCCGAGACUUCGACUAUGUCUCCGACCUCUGCUAGAUGGGGAUUCAGAGGCUCGGCGGUCACAGGGGCCGUGAGGAAGGUUCGAUUAGAAGGCCUCAUAGCGAUUUCGUCAGGGGCGGACUGACAGUCUCUACUGAUCAACACGUCUGUCUGACUGUCUGCCCGCCUUCACACUGUGAAUGAAUGUUAAGAGACUGAAGAUGGUUGGUCUGUGAUGUUUUAUGUGUCUGUAGGGAUUAGGGACCUUGAACUGAGAAAAUGAGAGAAUUAAAAGCUGACGGGGAAAAUGAAGUUCUAUCACAUUUUUCUACAAAAGCGAGGACAAAUAAAUAUGGCGUUGGACGCACCACCUCCUCCGUUUCUACACACGCCAGUGACUGCUGUAACGAACCAGCUCGUACUUAAUGUAUCUUGCAAAACAUUUGCCCUUUAAAUGCCUCCUCCCAUAAUCUUUUGUGUCAGUGUAGUUCUCUGUCCAGCUGUGAGAGGAGGAGGAGCUCGCUGUCGACUGGGGGCUGACAGUGACAGGGGUUUGGUGCAUGGCCUCUCAUACCGAUGCCUUACAUUUCUACUUGUUCCAUAGAAAUGCAUUUUGUUUUUAUUUUGUGGUCCAUUGUGUACACUUGUGGUUCCCUGGUAUGCAAGAAGAGUGAUGAGAUAUGUUACAUGAAUAUUCAUAAAUGUUAUUCUCUGAAAGGGGCAAUUUGUCAGAAUGAUCAAGUGGAAGCAAGUGGAAUCAGUAAUGCGCAGAGAGAAUUUGUGCUCGUCAAGGUUUUUCAUCACUCAGAAGAACAAUCACAUAUGUAUCAUGAUGAGAGUAAUACUGAAUCAUGCUGACCAAGGUUAGCCAUCUAAUGUGUGAAUUAAGGGGUAUAGAACCACUGCUCAAGAGACUGUAAGACUAUUUCAAAAUACAAUCCCUAAUGCUUUCACAGCAAUAGACCUAUUUGUAACUUCUUUUUUUUAUUAUUUGUGUUGCUUGAAAUUUUAGUUUAUAUGACAAAGGUGUUUUUAAGAGUCAUUUAAUGAAAAGUAACUUGGGAAUUACAAGGAGUUGAUAUCAAUGUUGUAUCUUCAGCCCACACUUGUGCUUCUGGUUCACCAAAACUUUUCCAAUUCUCCAUAAGCAUGGACAAAUACAUGGCAUGCAUUCCAAAUUCAUUGAAUUAGCAGUUCUUAAAUUGAAUGAAUGAAUCCAAACACUACAACUUGAUGUACUUUAUGAGAAUGAGACAGAAAUCCCGCCAGUCAUCUACUGUACAUGCAUCUAUUGUUCAGGUGUCACUUUAUUAGAACUUCACCGACCAACAGGUUAAAAACUGGUUCUUGAUCAGAUUAUUGUGGUGGCUUCACGCGACAUUACAGGGUUUAGUUUCCUGUCUUGUUAAGAUCAUCUUUGUUUCACUGGAAACCAACUUGUAUCUCAGAGCUAAAUCCAAAUGCUUUUGUGCAAAUCUGGACAGCUGUCAAAGCAAAAAAAACAAGACUGUGUCAUUAGUCGCUUUAACACUGCAGGGCCAAGUGGAGAUUGUCAGCACAACUUAAAAGUAUAUCCCAGCUGACAGGUUCUCUGGAUUGACAAUGCGUUUCUAAAACGACGUGAACAUCAUCUAGGGUAAACAAACUCAUAAAUGUCAUAAGAAUGAGCCAGUGGCUAGGUUUGUUUCACCCUGUAAUGGAAACCAGACUCUAAUACCAUACCUUGUCUGUGUUAGGGGGAAGUUUGUUGUGAAGGUGUAUGUAUGAUGGUGUGGAUUUUACCUAUCUUGUGUACGACAAUACAAAACCAUGUGAAAGUAUGAGAUGAGUUAUUUUAUAAAGAAAACCUGGUGAGAAAAUCA